ACACGAAGUCUUUCUCGAUCGAGAAAACAUGAACUAUUUUGCUAUUCAAAGUGGUUCGGAAUUUUCGUUUGUUUCAUCGGUGUUGUAACUAGGAGAAACAAUCACAUGUAGAGGCCCACAUUCAAAUAAAACUCCAUACAAAUGAAGACUUGGUUAUUUUCUCUCCUUCUUUUAGUUCUUCUUUGUACUUGUAUCAAAGGUUUGGAGAUCAAGAAUGGGAAAAGCAAGGCCAAGCAACAUGAGCACAAGAACGAAACUUCUACUGAAAACGCCAAGCAAGCUGAGUUAAAUAAUAAAUCAAAAAUUCUGUCUAUUGGACAAUUUUCUUUAAAACUAUCAACCAAGUCCAAACAUACAAAUGAACACAAAACUCCAAAACAAACGGAAAGAAAGUCAAGUGAAAAGGUUAAAAAAUUGAUGCACGAGCUGAGAAAGUGUAUUAAAAUAAAACAUAAGCAGAAAGGCAAAACGUACGCUAAAAAAGCCAUGAUUUGGCCCAAGAAAAUGUUGCCCACUCUUGAAAAGAUGCUGCUUCAUAAGAUAAAUGGAGGUGGUGUUGGACAUUUUCCUGGAGAUAACAAUGGCGACAAUGGAUUCGAGAACUACGAUAAUCCUUCUGAUAACUCUGAUGAAAACCCCUUUUCUCCUACAACCUCAAGUACGUCAAGUUUUGGUAAAAACGAUUUUUCUGACAAUUGGGAUAGUGUGAACCCUUCGCAUCGUAAAGCAAAACUUCAUGGAAUGGACGUAGUGCCACUUUUAAAGAUGCUCAAAGAAAAAGUUGGUGACACAUCGUCUUUUGACUCCAAUGCAUUCACUGGGAUGCCAUCUAAUCAAGGAGGAGGUAAAUAUCUAACCAAGUUAUUGUUGAGUCAAGCUUUAGGUAAGCCUGAUAAAGGUGACGUCAUGAAAGACAUGAUGCAGGAGUUUUUCCUUGCCAAUGGAAAUGAUAGAAACGGAGAAGAAGCACGUGAAGCUUUUAAUGAACUUGUCGGACACAACAACCUAGUUGCACUCAACAGCCAAAUGGAGGCAGAGAAUUCUGAUGUCAAUGUUGGAGCCGGCACACAGGCACAAACAAUUCCAAGUUUCGAAUCUAGGGCAGGAGUUUUGCAAGCCCAGGAGCUACCGAAUGGACAAAUUGCUCCUUUAAAUCAGCAAACAGUGGGUCAGAGGAUGAUGGCUAGCAGGCCUGCCAUGCAAAUGAUGGUUGGGGCAGCCAAUCCUACGACACGAAUGUUGAAUGACUUGCCAAAUGCACAAAAUGUACCAAAUGUGCCAAAUGUGCCAAAUGUGCCAAGUAUGCCAAACAUGCCAAAUGUACCAGACGUACCGCCAAAUGUACCAAAUGCGGUAAAUGAGGACGUACAGAGACAGUUGUCGGCAAGAAUUGAAGCAGAGCAGAAUGCACAGUCAAGGCCAGUCCCUUUUGCAAAGAGCGACAGUCUUGUAUUUGAAGCACAAGGAGAAAGCGCUGCAAGAGGGAUCAGACCGCCUCCUUUCCAAGCUGCUGAAAGAGCCUAUGAAGCAGAAAGAGUGAUGAAACUUGGGGCCAACUACCAGUCAUCCCCCAUCCGUGAUCCUCAUAGAUCUAUUGUGAGUUCUGUACCACAAAGAGUUGAAAUGGCAAUGCGAGAUGGGGAACAAAGUGUGAUAGGAAUGCAAGGUGAACGAUUUGGCGAUGAAGUGGCCGCAUAUUUCCCUAGUUAUACUAAGCAGGAACUAGCUGCAAGACGAGAUGCACUGCCUUCUAGUCAUAAACAUAAGACUACUAAAUCUCCUAUGCGAUCCAAGGAUUUACCGAUACCAAACAAGACUAAAAGCAAGACAUAAAAAAACUUAAUUUCAGUCAGACAUGGGCCUGAUAAACAUUGAAAAUAGCGUAUAUACCUUUUGUAGUUUUAGCCGUCUCGAACACAUUGUUUUCUACUAACGACUAUAAAAAGAAAACGAAAAUCCAUUCAUGAAAUCUAAAAAUAGUCAGUAAAAUUGGAUCAGGCUUAGCCAUCUCAUGGAUCAAAAAUACUGUUCCCUAAUUACAAAUUAAAUGUACCACUUUAGUCUAAUUAUUUAAUUACAUGAACAAACUCAAUCAUUCUUUGCAAUUGUAAGAAUACCCAUUGCGCAUGCUUGCUAAUCGAUACGCCUUUUUCUCAAGCAGAGAUGGUUUGUAUAUGAUUGUGCAGCUUUCAGGUAUAUCCAUCUUUUCUCAUUUGUCCAAAUGUUUUAAAAUUAUUUUGAAUGGAAGGCUACGUUAACAGGAAAACGCAUAAGAAAUAAUACUGUUUCUUUGGGAAAUUGUAGAUUUCAUUUGUGUUCUUGCAUCCCAGAUCAAUUUUGAAAGGGGUCUAUCGGGGGUGUAGUUUGUACGAAAGCUCAAGGCAUUAUAUACAAAUCUUGUACCUUUUUGAGAAAAGACCUGGAUAAAAGAUUUUCUUAUUUUGAUAAAUGAUUGUAUUGUUACCAAAAUCAGCAUAAGACAUAAAUAGCUGCUACAU